GCGCCGUUUCCAGUUGAGAGAUGGCGGCCGCCGCAGGUAGAUCGCUCCUGCUGCUGCUCUCCUCCCGGGGCGGCGGCGGGGGCGCCGGCGGCUGCGGGGCACUGACUGCCGGCUGCUUCCCCGGGCUGAGCGUCAGCCGCCACCGGCAGCAGCAGCACCACCGGACGGUACACCAGAGGCUGUCUUCCUGGCAAAAUUUAGGAGCUGUGUAUUGCAGCACUGUUGUGCCCUCUGAUGAUGUGACAGUGGUUUACCAGAACGGACUGCCUGUGAUAUCCGUGAGGCUGCCGUCCCGGCGCGAGCGCUGCCAGUUCACGCUCAAGCCCAUCUCCGACUCUGUGGGUGUGUUUUUACGACAACUGCAGGAAGAAGACCGGGGAAUCGACAGAGUUGCAGUCUACUCACCAGAUGGGGUACGCGUUGCUGCUUCCACGGGAAUAGACCUCCUCCUCCUUGAUGACUUCAAGCUGGUCAUCAAUGACUUCACGUAUCAUGUGCGGCCACCAAAGAGAGACCUCCUAAGCCAUGAAAAUGCUGCCACGCUGAACGACGUGAAGACACUCGUCCAGCAGCUGUACACCACACUGUGCAUCGAGCAGCACCAGCUGAACAAGGAGAGGGAGCUCAUCGAGAGAUUAGAGGCGCUCAAAGAGCAGCUGGCUCCCCUGGAAAAGGUACGAAUUGAGAUUAGCAAAAAAGCUGAGAAGAGAACCACCUUGGUGCUAUGGGGUGGCCUUGCCUACAUGGCCACACAGUUUGGCAUUUUGGCCCGGCUUACCUGGUGGGAAUAUUCCUGGGACAUCAUGGAGCCCGUCACCUACUUCAUCACUUACGGAAGUGCCAUGGCAAUGUAUGCGUAUUUUGUAAUGACACGCCAGGAAUAUGUUUAUCCAGAAGCCAGAGACAGACAAUAUUUACUAUUUUUCCAUAAAGGAGCCAAAAAGUCACGUUUCGAUCUAGAGAAAUACAACCAACUCAAGGAUGCAAUUGCUCAGGCAGAAAUGGACCUUAAACGACUGAGAGACCCAUUACAAGUACAUCUGCCCCUUCGACAAAUUGGGGAAAAAGAUUGAUUUGCAGAGUCUUGGGUUCCCGGCAGAAAGAGCCUGUUUCUAACUCUUGCCUUUUUAAUGAAAGCAUUGCAGGUGGAAGCGAGGGGCCAUGUCCGGGUAGAGAGCUUUUACCUUUAAUCAUAAAACAAAAACACAAAGGAUCUUGGGGGGUGGCGAGUAAGGAAAUGUUAAAAUCUGAGGAUCAGGUAUUGUGGAAUAUAAGCUCCAAGGGCUUAGUAAAAUAAUGUCUUAAUCAAGCAUCUCAGUUUCUGGAUGAAAGUGAUGCAGUUACACAAUUGAGAGAUUCAUAAAGGGAAAAUGCUGCUGGGGUGUGUAUUUCUUGCAUCUUUGCAGGGUCAGCAAAACAGUAACACACCAGCACCCUACUCUAAUUUUGUUUUUUAUUUAACUUUUCUUAUUUUGACAUAGGAGUAAAUAAAUUAUCAGAAAUGCAAAUCCUUGUGGUACGUGGAUAGUAAACAGAGCCUGAGCCCAUAUCAUUAGUUCCAUUUCAGAUGGGACCCAGGCUCUGCCAGGUUACCAGGGAAUGUUGCCCAUCUCGGCCCUUUUUCUGACCAUCCACCUAUUCCUGUUGGUGACACUAAUUUUAUGCACGUGACCCUUAGGAUUGAUGUGUUGGAUUAUCCCGUAAUACCUUCUUCUCUGUCAGUGUAUCCUGGUUCUCUGGAUCGGUCUUUAGAAAUCAAUGGUAACACUGCAUGAGGUUUUGGCUUUGCCUUUUUUUUUUUUUAACCUGAUUAGUCUUUGAGAGGAAGGAAAAUUUCUCUUCUUUCUGGACUCUUCCCCUGGUAUUCCCAAGUCCCUUCCCUGCUCAAAGCAAAGGAGGGGUGCCUAGCUGUCUUACCAAAUCAGGAAGAUGUUGUAAGGUUAACGAAUUGGCUAGAAAUCAUGGCUCUGUAUAGCCAUUUCAGAACCCAAAUAAUGUCCCUGCUGUUAGUCUGCCUGUGGCACUGUUCCAGGCCACCUGGCUGCCCCCGCCUGGCCUGGAGGCUUGGGAAGUCACCAAGGCAGUAAGCACACUGGUACCUGCAUUGAUGGGGAGCCCGCCUCCAGUCCAGCAAUCAGGGGUGGGGACCUCAAAGGUGCAACUUACAUUUCUAUGGCUUCCUACCCUCUGCACCCUAUUUUUUUUUUUCUUAUCUUAAAUUGCAAGAAAGAAGAAUUGAUCUUACAACUCUCAGCGAGUUUUCUGCCUCUGUGCGAAUGUGCACUUGUAGAGCCAGGUGGAAUCCUGUCCAGUGGUCUGCCCGUGACCGCCGUGGGGCGGGGUAGCAGGGGUGGCAGGGGCCUGCCACGCGGCUGGCUGUAUCUUGUCUUCCUCAAGAUUCCUCCCGCCUCAUUGUGGCAAGGGGGUUUCCCCUCCUCCCCUUCCUGCUUCAGGAUCAUUGUGUAUGAAAAGAAAACCCCAGACCCCAGGUGCCUGGCAGAGGUUGAAGGCCAAGCCAGGACUGCUGCUCCCGCUGCCUGCCGCCUGCCACUGCCACCACCUCCAGGCAGGAGGACUGAGAGGAUGCAUGCCUCCCCACAUUUCCCCUUCCCACUUCCUGCCCCCUUUCUUUUUGUUAAAUCGUACGGAUUAUUUUUAAUACCAUUUCUCCUGUUUGUGCCAAGAGUUUUAAAGAAGGAAACAGCCGAGUGCAGUGCACAGAUCCUUGUGGGAUAUGUGGGAGGCAAGGGAAGGAGAAUGGGAGAAAGGUCCUGUAAAGAAAUACCAAAACACAGAACAGUGUACAAUCCUGUAUCAUUUAUGAAAUAUGUAUAAAAAGCAACGUACCUUCCGGAACAAUAAAUACUUAUUCAAUUUUUGAAACAAAGCUUCUUAUUCUUUAAAAUAUUUAUAUACAAAACUUUGUUCCUAGGACCUGUUAUUUACUUAUUUGUUUAAUGUGAAAGGCACAGACAGACAUCAACACAGAUCUCCCAUCCACUGGUGUCAUUCUCAAAAGGCAGAGCUUGGCCACCCAGUGCCAGGAGCAGGAGCUCAAUCCGGGUCUCCCACGUGUGUGGCAGGAACCCAGCUUGUUGAGUCAUCACCAGCAACUCCCCUCAGCGUGCAUUAGCACACACCUGGGAUCAGAGCAGUGAGA